AGCUAAAAACGCUCUCAUUAAUAAUUAAAAUAAAGAGAAGCACUUAGAACGUCUUUAGGUGCAUCUGCUAAUUUCUUAAUAGUUGUUGUUUUUAAGUGUGUUUUUGCCAUGGAUAAUGAGGAUACUGAUAACAUGGAAAAUAGUAAUGUCAUUAUAAGUUCAACCCAGCCAAACCAAUUGAAAAGAUGGUGGAAAAGUCGCACAAAAAACGAAAGGAAACUCACAUUUACUAUUCUAGGGAUAAUCGUGACUGGUUUGUUAACUUUGGCGGUCUAUUUUUACUUGUUUUAUGAUAAGAACACCUUAUGCAUAAGUGCGGACUGUCAAGAGGCCGCCUUGCAAAUAUCCAACUUUAUCGACGAAACCAGCAGGCCCUGUGACGACUUUUAUCAAUUUGCAUGCGGGAAAUUCUUGAGAAAUAAUUCGUUCGACGAGCCCCACGUCUUGCAAUCCGUACAAAUUCAAAUGAGAGAGGAGAUUUUAACGGAUAUCAGUAAAAUGUUAGAAGAACCUCCAGACCCUUCAGAUAUGCCAUCACUAAAUUUGGCCAAAAAGUUUUACAAGUCUUGCAUGAACGAGCAGGCCAUCGACAGGGCCGGAUUGGGGUAUAUCCGCGAGAUAUUUAAACAAAUGGGCGGUUGGCCUAUAGUAGAGGGUGAAGAAUGGAAGCAAGAAGCCUUCCAGUGGCACAAAUCCAUAAAUAACUUGCGUAAAAUCGGCGCGAAUUUCGAUUUUUUCUUUAAUAUUAGCAUUGACGUGGACAGGGAGCGUCCGGACAAGUAUAUAAUCGCGAUUCACGAUAGAUUCUACAGUCCAUCCGAACUUAGCGCCGACUCCAAAUCACUUUACUUAGACUAUAUGGUGAAUGUAGCCUCACAGUUUGGCCCAAGGGUUGAAGAUUUGAGGAAAGAUAUGAGUGACGUAUUAGAGUUUUUGUUGAGGUUAGGAAUGAUUUCCGAAGAAUCUCAGCGAACCAAUCGGUCCAACCUGUAUUAUCCCUGUAGUUUAACUGAAAUCACCGAGAAAUAUCAUACGAUCCGUUGGGUGGACGUUAUACAAGGUGCCCUCGGAAAAUCCACCGAUUUAAGGAUCGAAGAUGUUGUCAAUAUCGCGGAUCCCGUAUAUUUGGCCAAAUUGGAGUUUUUGUUAGGCAAAACUGAUAAAAGGGUGAUGGCGAACUUUAUGGGCUGGCGUAUCAUCCAAUCCCUAAUCAACUUCCUGCCAUCCAAGAUCCUGGACCGGGCUUACGAGUUUCUCCAGAAAAUCGACAAUAACCAACAAACUCCUUUGAUGAAAGAGCCAAGAUGGCGUACCUGCGUUAAGGCGUCCAGAGAUAGGCUGAGCCCCCCAAUUAACGUCGGCUACAUCCAGAGACACUUCAGCGACCAACUGAAACGUAACGUGAGCGAUUUGAUUCGGAACGUGAAGCACCAGUUUAAGAAAACGUUAUUGAUGAUGAACUGGCUAGAUGACGAAACUAGGGCGAAAAUUAAACAUAUGUUAGUGGCCAGCGUGGUGAGGAUGUAUUCGGACUUGGACGUAUUGAAUGUGGUGAAGGAGAGUAAGAUUUUUGAUUUGGUUAAAAUCGAGGACCAGAAUCCUUUGAAGGCUGUUUUGGAUUUAAACUUGAUUAACAUGGACCUGCACUACGCUCUUUUAAGGCAAAAAGUCCAAGAUGAGUGGAUUAAGAGUCAAACUUUUAUUGAUGGCCUUAAAGUGGUUUAUUCGCCUGCAGAAAACGCCCUUAAAUUUCCGCUGGGUCUAUUCAGAGGUCUAUUCUACCAAUCGAACCGUCCAGAGUACAUGAACUACGGCCUCCUAGGUACCAUUCUGGCUCACCAAAUUGCCCAUAUAUUUGUCGAAGCUGAGGGUGAGCUGGUAUCUGCCUCCAGGGCAGCUGAAUAUAGACUCCUAAACUGGUGGACUCCUCUUAGUAAACAAAGAUACGUGGAAAAAUUGAAGUGUCUUACCAAUCAGUAUUCCAGGUUAGAGCUGAAGGUGGAGGGUAUUAAGACUAACGCAUUAGUGACUAGGGAUGAGGAUUUGGCCGAUCUGGCCGGGUUUAAGGUGGCUUACAAUGCGUACGUUGACAAGGAGUGGAAGGACGGACGGGAGCCUUUACUACCAGGUCUGAAAUUCACCACCAGGCAACUGUUCUGGAUCUCCAGUGCCAUACAGUUUUGUACAAAGUUCCCGCCCGAAUAUGUUAAGCAAAAAUAUUUAGGGAACUGGUAUAGGCACUCGCCCAGUGAGUUUAGGGUAAAUGGGCCUCUACAAAACCUCGAAGAAUUUUCCAAAGACUUCAAGUGUCCCACGGGCUCCUACAUGAAUCCUUAUGAAAAAUGCCAUAUAUGGUAGAAGAUUAUAUAAUAUAUUUUGGUUUCGUUCAUCAAUACUUUUUCGACAAUUUUGUUUCAUUUGUACCGUCAAAACAUCUAACAUGUCAAAUAUUCUCCAUUUUAAUUGUAUUAAUAUGAAUACGAAGGAUGUAGUGCCCUCUUUUAACCAAACAAACCUGACCCAUAUUAAAGGCUCUAAUCCUGAGAAUUAGCCAGACAUCGACAUGACUGAUAACUUAAUAAAUAUUUUUAAAUUUAUGUAUUGUAUUUUAACUCUUCAAUUAUUUUCACGUUUCAAUGUCUCUUUUUUUUCUUUCAGUUAAUAUAGAUAUUUGGAAUU